AAAGCUAUUGUCGGAAAGAAAAUUAAUGAAAAACGACAAAGCUGUCGAUUUUAGCUUUAGGUCUUUUCGUGAUGGUCUUGUAUGUAGUGAGGUCACCGAACGGUUCUAACCAGGGAGUUUUCUUGACAUAUACCCUGAAAAACGACCGGCAGUUUUCAAGCGGCCGGAAGCGUUUUUUAACAAAAAAAAUUUCCAAUUAUCAAGCGGCCCUGGCUGACCUGGCACCGAAUCGCCAGCGGAUUCUAUCGGUCGCCGCUUGAAAAAACGACGCAGAGGAGCGAGCAAAAGGAGCGCCAUUCUGAGGCGCCCGCCGCCUUGGUUUCUGGCGGUUUGGGGCGCCCAAAAAGCAGUGCGAAAAAAACGCGCCGAAAAUCAGAACAGCGAAACAGCAUGGCACGGCUGCGAUUUCGGAGCAUUUUGGGCGGCCGCGAAAGCGGCCGCAUUUUCGCCGGUUUCAGUGCCUGGGAAGCUCUGCAAAAAGCGCCGGCUAGAAAAAUAAAAACGCAAAAAAGCAAAAGCGUGCCAGACGUGCAAAGCCAAUCCGCAUGCUAUGGGCCCGAUUUUUCUUCGCUUUUUGGGCGCCCCCCGUGGCACCCGGAUCGGCCCCAUAGCAUGGAGGCUGGCUUUCGGAAAGGAAUAGUAGAAAUCUGCCAAAAUUUGUGACGUCUUUCUAUCAAGCGGCCGCCUUACCGUGCGGCCUAACGUUACUCACGGCGGUAUGGCGAGCCCAGAAAAAGCAAAGCCGCGGCCAAGGCGACGGCCGGCAAGAAAACGCCCACGACCUCACUACCUCCGCCCCGGCGGCUAUAUUUGGUAGUGCUCCCAAAAAUAAUGAGCUUGAUUUUGAAGUUUUUUGACCACCAAUAUUACCAAAUGCAUCGUGAAAAUGAUGUUUCAAGAAUGAACACACCGACAAACUGUUGUAAAAAAUGUACUUUACUGAUACUGUCACGAAUUUGAACUUCAAUCGGACGCAGAGCUUUCAUUUUGAUUUUGGCGCAAAUAAGUACUCAAUUCAAAGAGAACAAGCAGCAGAAACAAGCCACUUUUUGGCGGACGUGAGCAUUCUCUGUGUCUGUCUCAUAGUACUUUUUGCAGCGAGAAGCUGAAACCUUUUCGUCCUCGCACGGGGAUUGCGGCGAGUACUUAGAAUCGGGCUUUUCGAAAAUCGUGAUAGAUCGAAAGGCGUCAAGUCACGUAGUGCUUUUCCUUUGUUGGAAAAAGUAAGGGUC